AAGGCUCCACUCGGUUCGCUGGACAGCAGACCAGCACGCGCACACACAUAGAUACAGACGCGCACACAACAGUUUAUCUACUGCAACGGAGAACAAGAUGGGCACUGUAAUGAGGAUAGUCUGUUUUCUCCUCUUCUGCAUCACAAGAGUGUCAGCUGUGGACACAUUCCCUGAAAAAAUUGCAUUAGGUCGAAUUGCUGGAAAUGUUACUCUGAGAUGUGACACUGCUAAACAGCAUGUAACAUGGAAGCAUGACUCUGAAGAUAUAGAGCCAUCAGAACUAGCUGAGCUUAAAGACAAACAACUGAUCCUUCAUGACUUCCAAGAGGACCAAAUGGGGAACUACACCUGCUGGAGUGAGGGUGAACUCGUAGACUACACCUACAUCCUGCUUGAUGAGUCUUGGAAAUUUACCGAUUCAAUUAUAUCUUGCACAGCUGAAACUUUCAACUGCACAUUCAAAAUUUGCUGCAGAAUGGACCAAGCUGGCUUCAGUGUUUUCAGACUUCGCAAUCAACGGGAUGACAGCAGCUGGGUGCAGCGUUCUGAAGACGGUUUCUUUUACCUCACACACUCCACCAACCCGUACGCAGAGGAGGCCGAGCGGCUGGCGGUGAUAGGGGAGGCUGUGUCGUCCUCAGACCGCUACUUUAAUAUCAGCCACAACUUCUAUCUCAGAGACAUCAUCAAGCCUGCCAUUCCUCAAAUCAAGCAUAUGAGCAAGAACAAGGUUACUGUGAGACCUCCAGCCUCUUGGGCCAAGCCCGAGAGCUACUACCCUCUGGAACAUGAAAUUCAGUAUAGGAAGCGAGACGAUGGAAUGGUGAUGUCUUUCAAGUUUGACGAUAACAUGAAGGUCCCAGAUGGCAUGAGUGACCUGAGGGUUCGCAGCAGAGACUCACUGCUUCUCUCUCAGUGGAGUGACUGGACACCAUGGCAAAAUGUGCGUAAGAGAAGAAAAAAGAAGCAAAGGCAAAGAAUGGGACAAAACAAGAGUGACGUUUUCCAACAGUGAAAAAAAUUUACUUUAAUGUCCUCUAACUCUUCCA